AUGUCACAUCACAGCGACGACAACAUGCUGAUAGCAACCUCGGACUCCUUUUGGGAGCCGGGUAACUACAAACGAACGACCAAGAGGAUCGAGGACGGGCACAAGCUGUGCGACAGUUUAAUAGCGCUGGUGCAGGAGAGGGCGGAGAUCGAGAAGAGUUACGCGAAAGCGUUGAAAAAUUGGUCGAAGAAUUGGAACGACAAGAUCGAGAAAGGGCCAGAAUACGGAACCACCGAGGCUGCAUGGAAGGGCGUGCUCGUCGAGUCCGAGAGGCUGUGCGAUCUUCACCUCAGGGUCAAAGAGAAUCUUUGCAACGAUAUCAUUCAGCAGGUGAAAACGUGGCAGAAGGAGACCUAUCACAAGGUGAAGAAGAUGCAGGACAGGGUGCAGAAGACGAAGGAAGAAGUACAAAAGGCGAAGGAGAAAUACGAGGCUGCGUUGCAAGAGAUCAAUCAGUACAAUCCGAAGUAUAUGGAGGAUAUGACACAAGUGUUCGAGAAGUGUCAAGAAAUGGAGGCGCAGCGGCUUCAGUUCUUCAAGGACGUUCUCUUCGGCAUUCACAAAUGUCUGAAUAUAUCUCAGGAUCCAAUACUCCCACAAAUAUACGAAGAAUUCUACCACACAAUCAACAAUGCGGAUCACGAAAAGGAUUUGAAAUGGUGGUCGAACAAUCACGGUGUAAAUAUGGCAAUGAAUUGGCCGCAGUUCGAGGACUACACAGAGGAGUUCCGUGACAUCACCAAGGGCUCAAAGUCGAAGGAGGCUCUUCCUGCUGGCUCCAUCACGCUCAUCAAUCAACGCCCGGUCGGCGAGGAUGUGCAU